ACUGUGCGGUGUGCUGCAACAGGAAGUGUAAGCUGAAGUACCUGGAGAAGGAGGCGCGUGUGUGUGUCGUCUGCUUUGAUACCAUACACAGAGCCCAGGCGCUGGAGCGGAUGAUGAGUCCUGCUGGUCCCAGUCCGAACCCCAACGUCCCAUCUGAGUACUGCAGCACCAUCCCCCCUCUGCAGCAGGCUCGAGCCGCCGGCACUCUGAACUCCCCUCCACCGACCGUCAUGGUGCCUGUGUCCGUUCUCAAAAACCCAAACAACGACAGUUGUCCUCGUGAACAGAAGCGUGUGUGGUUCGCUGAUGGCAUCUUGCCCAACGGAGAGGUGGCAGACACCACAAAGCUGUCGGUGACGAGCCGUAGGAGCUCGCAGGAGUUCAGUCCGUCCUCUCCGGACCAAACUACAUCCGGGUCAGAGGUUGGAGUCGGUGGAUCCUGCUCCCCCGAAGCCUCCGGGGCUGUGGAGGUGUUCCGACCCCCGGUGUCCGGACCCUGGGACUACGCCCUGCUCUCUGGAAUUGGUUCCUGCGUGCAGAGGGUUCCCAGUCUGCUGCCGGAUAAUGAGGAUGAGCUCCCUCCUCUGCUCAUCUCCACCGGAGAGGAUGAAGCGGGAGAUGCUUUGGUUGAGGAAAGUCCUGCCCCCUGCCAGAUUCGGCACUUAUUAGAGGAGGGAGGACCCCGACCUCUGACCUUUGUUCUGAACGCCAACCUGCUGGUCAAUGUCAAACUGGUUACCUACUCCGGGCGGCAGUGCUGGUGUUUUGGCUCUAACGGGAUGCAGGCUCUGGGACAGAGGGAGUUGGUGUUUUUGUUGGAGUGUUUGCCCGAGGAAAAAUCCCUUCCAAAAGACCUUUUCACACUCUAUCUCAACAUUUACCAAGAAGCCCAAAAAGGGAAGUUCUUGGAGGAGCUGGAUAAUGUGACGUUCACCAGCAGUUUCCUGGGCAGCAAGGACCACGCUGGGAUGCUGUUCUUCGCCCCCACCUGUCAGCCUCUCGAUGACCUCACUCUCCCGCCGCAGCCCUUCCUGUUCGGCCUGCUGGUGCAGAAGCUGGAGGUUCCCUGGGCCAAAGUCUUUCCUCUCAGGCUGCUACUGCGGCUUGGAGCUGAAUACAAUGUGUAUCCCACUACAUUGACAAGUGUCCGUUUUCGGGACUCUGUGUAUCGAGAGACGGGACACACCAUAAUGAAUUUACUGGCUGUAAAUCUAAAGAUCGGUGUCACCGUGGCCACCUUCCAGGAUGAUGGAACUUCCCUCGUGCUGAUAGAUUGA